UGGCUGUUAAUGUAUUUUUGCUGCACCAGACAUGGGAAAUAGAAACAAUGUCACUGUAUUUAUUCUCCUAGGUCUCUCCCACAACAAGAACAUUGAAAUCUUUUGCUUUGUAUUAUUUUUAUUUUGCUAUCUUGCUAUUUGGCUGGGGAAUGUGCUCAUAAUGAUUUCUAUCACCCACACACAGCUAAUUGACCAGCCCAUGUAUUUCUUCCUCAAUUAUCUCUCGCUCUCGGACCUUUGCUAUACAUCCACGGUGACACCCAAGCUAAUGAUUGACCUACUAGCAGAAAGAAAGACGAUUUCCUAUAGUAACUGCAUGCUGCAGCUCUUUAGCACCCAUUUAUUUGGAGGCAUCGAGAUCUUCAUCCUCACGGGGAUGGCCUAUGACCGCUACGUGGCCAUCUGCAGGCCGCUGCACUACAUUGUAAUCAUGAGCAGGCCCAGGUGUAACUGCAUCAUCUCAGCCUGUUGUUCUGGGGGAUUCCUGCACUCGGCCAGCCAGCUCCUCCUCACCAUCUUCUUACCGUUCUGUGGUCCCAAUGAGAUAGACCACUACUUCUGCGAUGUGUACCCUUUGCUGAAGUUGGCUUGCACGGACACACACACAGUUGGUCUCUUGGUCAUUGUUAAUUCGGGUCUGAUUGCACUGAUGACAUUUGUAAUUUUGAUGGUGUCUUACGUCCUGAUUUUGUGCACUAUUAGGGUGUACCCUGCUGAGAGCCGUUCCAAGGCGCUCUCAAAGUGUGGUUGCCACAUCAUGGUGGUGGUGCUGUUCUUUGUGCCCGUGCUCUUCAUUUACUUAAGACCAAACAUAACUCUUCCUGCAGAUAAAGUAUUUGCUCUUUUCUAUACCAUCAUUGCUCUGAUGUUCAACCCUUUGAUUUACACACUAAGAAACCUGGAAAUGAAGGAUGCCGUCAGGAAAAUGUGUCAUCAGAACUGUUUGGGAAGGAGCUAA